GGUUAGAAAAUGCCAGUUGGAGACAUGGAGGCUCCAAGUUAAGUCCGCAAAAUAAUGCAACGAUCAUGGUCACAGUCACACGCAACGCAAUGCAUACGUGAGAACGAGACAACAUACCCGAUCCAAACCUUCAUUCAUUCAUUCAUCUUCCACUCUUUGAAACUCAAGCACCAAUGCUAAGAGACGAAAGCGUAGGUUCUAGAAGUGCAAGGCACAGCGCGACCACCGUCUCCAACAAGGUUCUUGUUGCCGUUAAAGCGGAGAGAGUGAUCUCCAACACGGCAUUGGCAUGGGCCCUCACUCAUGUCGUUCACUCCAGCGACUCCAUCACGCUCCUCGCCGUUUAUUCUCCUCUCAAAACUGGCAGAAGGUUCUGGAACUUUUCGAGACUCGCCGGAGACUGUACGAAUGGACAUGCCGGAAAGUUGCCGGAGCGAAUUUCCUAUAUCUCCGAGUCUUGUGCUCAGAUGGUGCUUCAGUUGCACAAUCAAAUUGAGGUUCGGGUAAAGAUUAAGGUGGUCACGGGUACUCCCAGUGGUGCUGUGGCGGCUGAAGCUAGAUGGAGCAGUUCCCAUUGGGUCAUACUGGACAAGAAAUUAAAGCAAGAGGUAAAGCAUUGCAUGGAUGAACUCAACUGUAGCAUCGUGGUGAUGAAUGGGUCACAGGCAAAAAUCCUCAGGCUUAACUUAGGAUGCUCCGAUGACCUCCAAACUCCUUUUUUCUCAGCUGCUUCUUCGCCAGGUAUAGAAAUCGGAAAGCUAAAUGGCCGCAAAUUGAAGCAUUCCACCCCAGUAAGUAGCCCUGAAGAGACGGGUACUUCUGUCACAAGAAACAUCGGAGUAAAUUCAGUCUCAAGUUCUGACUCGACAACUUCCCCUUUCCUAGUCUAUGAACAAAACCCUCUGUACGAGGGUCAGGGUCCGGAGAAAAGAGCACACAAACCAAUCAACGAACCAAAAGAUUUAAACAUUCAGCCAUCUUUAUACUUCGAUUUGGAAAGGGAUGUCUCUCCCCCUUUAUGGACUCGCCCUCGCCCAACAUCAUCUGUGGCUAAUGAUAUCCAGACUGUAUUUUGGAUUCCUCAAAACCACAUUAUAGAUGAGAAGCUUCAAAAAACUGAAAACAACAGAAUUAUCCAAAGAACUAAAUCUCCAACUUCGAAAACCUUACUUGAUAACUUUAUACAUUGUGAUCAAGAGAUGAGGACAAAUGAGCAUGGAUUUAAGCAAGCCCAAAAUAGAAGUUAUGUUGCCAACUCGGGCAUCAGAGAUAAUUCCAUUCCUUUGGGCAGAACUUCCUCGAUACCUCCUCCCUUAUGCUCACAGUGUCAGAAUAAAGCACCAGUGUUUGGAAAGCCUCCUAGACGGUUUUCUUACAAAGAGCUAGAGAAAGCUACUGAUAUGUUCUCAGAUAUUAAUUUUUUGGCUGAAGGUGGAUUUGGUAUGGUCCACAAAGGAAUACUAAAAGAUGGCCAGGUUGUUGCGGUGAAACAGUUAAAGUUUGGUGGCUCACAAGCAGAUAUUGAUUUCAGCAGGGAAGUUCGGGUUUUGAGCUGUGCACAGCACAGAAAUGUUGUAUUGUUGAUAGGAUUUUGUAUAGAGAGCAAUUUGAGGAUUUUGGUCUACGAGUACAUAUGUAACGGAUCCUUGGACCUCUACUUAGAUGGAGACGAGAGUAUGCCUCAGGAUUGGAACUCACGCUUAAAGAUAGCGAUUGGAGCAGCACGAGGCUUGCGAUACCUUCAUGAAGAUUGUAGAGUUGGUUGCAUAGUCCACAGAGACCUUAGACCCAAAAAUAUCCUCUUAACCCAUGACUUUGAGCCUCUGGUGGCUGAUUUUGGGCUUGCUAGAUGGCACUCAGAAUGGCAUAUCAAUACUGAAGAUCGCGUUAUAGGAACUUCAGGGUAUCUCGCACCGGAGUAUCUUGACGCUGGAAAUCUUACAUAUAAAGUAGAUGUAUAUGCAUUUGGAAUUGUUUUAUUGGAGUUAAUUACCGGUCGAAGAAUUAGUGAGUUGGAACAGUUCAAUGGACACUCGUAUCUUUCCGAAUGGUUUCACCCUCUACGCAUGUUAGAGCCCGAUCAUAUCUUACAAAACGUUCGAUCUCUCAACCCAUGCUUGAAUUCUGAGGCGUCCCUAGAAUUUAAUCUUCAAUUGCAAGCCAUGGCACGAGCUGCUUCAUUGUGUCUACGUGUGGAUCCUGAUGCCAGACCCCCAAUGUCAAAGAUCCUCAGAGUGUUGGAAGGAGGCGAUCCAGUUCGUCCUUUGGGUUUAGACGUCAAUUCAGUUGGUAACGCAAGUGGCCACUUAAGUGGUCUGACUUCGCACACUCCACCUGAAGGUACAAUAAGACAUUCUCGUAGACUAUCACAUUGAUAAUUUCUUCGGCUCUUUUUGGACUAGAGGAUCUGUGUUGUGGCCAAUAUAGUUCUGUUUGUGAGCUACAUAGGAACAAUUAUCAUUUGAAGCGUGGAUCCCUCUCGUACACGCAUAAACCCUCACGCAAGCACAGCUCUUGGUAAUCUGUAAAAUGUCAUUAUCUUACCCUUCUCAUUUAAAAUAGAUUUGUAAUUUGGCCGGAGUUUAUGGAGCCCUGUAGUUCCUGACUCGCCAGUUUCUAGGGAGCAAAAAGAAGUUCAUUUGACAGAGGAUGUUUCUCUUUGGUAUAUUUUCUUUUGGAUGCCAAGGGAAAUCCUCAAUCAAAUUAGUUGUACUCCGUCAGCCCCUCGAUAAGCGUCAGUUACAAAAUGCUGGGCUAGUAGGACUGAAACAA